AUGCGUUUACUACCAUUUUUGUUCAGUAUAUCGUCGUAUGUCAGUCAAGUGCUGUCUUCCUACUGCGGCAUCGACAGGUCACCAACAUCGCAUCUGUAUAUGAGUACAGCCAAAAUUGAGGAUUAUCCUUGGUUUGGAUUACUAUCCUAUCCUAUAGGUAAGAAACUGUUCACAACCUCAGUGGUACUGGUCACCAGGCAGAUGGCGCUUGCAUCUGCUGAUGAAAUUGAUAAAUUGCCCAAGGAACACUUCAGGGCCCAAGCUCGAGUGAUCAUUGGAAGAAACUGCAGAGGAGAGAGUCCUUAUAUCCGCAUACGAGAGUACACCUAUCAUUCGGAUUUCUUCAAAGACAAGGUCAAUGCACUAGCUAUGAUCCAGCUUGAAACUGAUCACAUCUCUUUUAAACUGCAACCGAUAUGUGGACCACCAAUGAACUUUCAGAAUGACACUUUCUACGCGAUGCUGUUAGACGAUGAUUGCCAAAAAGGUGAACUUUCGAUAUACAAAAUGAAGUACGUACCAUUUCACCACUGCAAGAGCUACUACAGACGGACAGGGCUGGAUUUUGACACGUUAUGGCCGUCACACACGACAUGUGCCCAGAGUGUGACAGGAGGUGAAUGCGUGUGGCGUAGUGGUGCCCUACUCGUCACCAGGGUGGAUCAUCGGUGGAGACUGUUGGGUUUCGGAGUGUAUGGCCCUGGUUGUCAGGCCCCGGCCAGGUUCCUAGACUACGGCAUGUACCACAAGUGGGUGAAAGAGUCAUUCGAGGAUAUUGGGAAGCCUUCUAUCUCCACGGUUGCGGAGAAUCACCUCGUCAUGCGAAGAACUUUUUCCAAGAUACAGCGAUUUGGUGAAUGUGAUAAAGAAGAAAAACAGUAUGAUAUAUUCACAGAUGAAACAGAAAUCUCCAAAGAUGUACAAGGAUCCUAUAAAUAUAACUUGACGCUCGUUGCGGGCAUGGAGUACUCGUGCAUGGAAAUCAAAGCGCAAUAUCCUCCCGAUAAAGUUGGCAAACCUAAAUUAAUGGUUCGCAGGUGGUGCGCAGGAGAUCAGACAACUGUAGUGUGCUAUAGCGGAACACAAUUCAUUGAAUUAAAUUUUUAUGUGGAAAUAGAUUUUGAUAAUAGUUUUAUAUUUCAAUUGAAUGCGUACGGACAACAAAUGAAAGUUAUAGAUCCAAUGCUUGCUCAUAGAUACAGGAACGCUAGAACACGCUACCCUCCAAGACCCAAAAUAAAAAGGUUGUGGGGUCUUCUUAAAAAUCUGUCACGCAGAAAUGUGUAUUAUAAGGAGCCGAAAUAUAGUAAGAUAAAUAGAGAUCAUGGAAAAUGGGCGUUUAAAUAUCCACUUAUAUAUUUGGAAUCCGCUCGAAGCGAAGAGCACAAAUAG